AUGCUAAUGGAAAUUAUAGGAUUCUCCAUUGUGACACUUUAUAAUUUCACUAACAGUUAUAGUAUAAUGACAUAUUUGGAGUAUCCAAUAAUAUUACUGCAAGUGUACGUCUUACUUUAUUAUGUUCUUAAGUACCGAAGGUUGUUGUGGAGGCCUAUCAUAACAUUUGCUAUUUUUACAUAUUUUGCAUCAGUAUUGGGAUUUGCUCUUGGUUUUUUCUCAAGAAAUCUUUUGUCUUAUAUGGUGCCAUUUUGUACACCUCUCAGCGGAUUCGCUAAAGUUACAUACAUUUAUGGAAUCAUUAAAGCUGGUAAUGCUGAUGAAGUUUCAUUGACAACAUGGAUUAUUUCAGUUUCCACAAAUAUGUCGCGUCUUUUUACUGUAUAUGUGGAUUCUGCAGAUGUGAAACUCAUGAUAAACUUUUUAGUUUCAUCACUGCUUAGCGCUGGAGUGUUAGUAACUGCAUUAUUUUAUCAAUAUAAAUAUCCAGCAGUACAAAAAAGACAAAAUAGGAGAAGGUCUUCGUGCAAGAAUCAUGAUGAUUAG